GUUUCUCGGGAUGGCAGCUCGGAUUUACGUGUCAAGAAAAAUAAACAUUUCUGCAAUUUAUUCCCAAAAUUAUUAUUAUUAAAUUAAUUUAAAAUGUGAUUCUCCUGCAAUAAAUAAUUGAGUGAAAAGUGUUUAUAAAUAAGUAACCAACAAUGUAUUUUCCUGUUGGGUGGCCUAAAAUACUCGAUAUUGAGGACACGGGUGAUAAAUGUCAAUUGUUAAAAAUAUGUUGUGACCGUGUUAAAAUUCUCUUUGCACUUCUCACCGAAGAAAGUUUACGAAUAUGGUAUUCAAAGCCGUGUGUACCGAUUGUUUCCCAUCGUCGGAAUGCAAAUUCAAUAGAGAAACAUGGCCGGAAUAUGCUGGUGGAGUGGAAGCCCGAUUCCAGUAUGCUCGUCAUUGUGACGGAGGAAGGGACUCUCCUGCUGUAUUCCCUGGGGGUUGUUGACACACCCAAAGGUAUCUACAACCAGAUUGAUUCUCCGAGUCAAAAUCUCAGGAGAGACAGUGCUGAGUUGUUCAUUAAGGAGACAAUCCCAUGCCUUACGCUCACAUUGUCCUACGAGGUACCUCUCUUUACACCCGUAACGUGCAUUUCCUGCGUUAGUAUCUCACAAAUGAUGGUUGCAACGACUUCCGGGAAGGUACUACGGAUACGCUGGGAUGGUGUAGAGGAAAGGGAUUUCUCACUCGAUCUCAAACGAGUUCCCUUCAGUGUGAAUCAACAAGUUAGUUAUGCUGUGCCAAUUUUAGAAGAUAAGGUUCAUAUAACUUCAAUGGAUUAUUCUCCGCUUGUCGGUGGUUUUGCAAUAACUCUCAAUGAUGGGCGAGCUGCUUUUCUCACGGCAAAUAAUCUCAAAUUCGAUCCAAAUCAAGUUCAAGGAAUAUGGGCUCAAAAUAUUGACGAUGCCAGUUGCGCCACAAUCAACCAUAAAUACCGCCUCAUUGCAUUUGGGCGUAAAAAUUCGCAGGCGGUUGUUUACACAAUAGAUGAUGUAACGGGGGGCUUAGAAUUGUCUCAUGCUCUCGUUCUGAGUCCCAAAGAUUUUCCGGGUUCCCCCGGAGCUGUGCGCGAGAUGAAAUGGACUCCCGAUGGGUGUGCUGUGGUGAUGUCGUGGUGCAAGGGAGGCAUAUCGCUGUGGAGUACCUUCGGGUCGACACUCAUGUGCUCCCUUGGGUGGGAUUAUGGGCUCAAUGUGGACCUUUCGCGGCAUAACCCGUUGAAUGUGGUGUCAAUGGAUUGGUCCACGGAGGGGUAUCAGCUAUUUAUGGUGCGACAGGUGCACAGUGAGGAGGCAGAUGGGGAAAAUAGUGCAUCAGCACAGUGCUCAAGAAUGCUCCUUGUGUUGGACUUUGUGAAGAGCUCAAUGUCCGUCAAUCCCUGCAUGAGCUUUCAUUCCCAUCUCCUUCUACAGGGUGAUGAUAAAUUGUACAUGAAUCAGGGGGAGAGUCUCCAGAAUAUUCACUACAAUUCACGCAAUUUCAACCCUGAUGUGCGUGCAUUUGAUUCACCCUUCUACACGGGGUGCAAGCAGACCAAUUUCUUCGCCACGUCCUACAGUAUUUGCACUAAAAGUUACAUAAAUGACGGAGAUAUCAAGCGUGUGGCCAAUGAUGAUGCCAUGUAUCAUUCAGAUGACUAUGAACUCGGGAAAUCAUUGCAAGUCACAAGUAUAUUGUCAGAGAGCAAACACUGGAUUGUUGUGCAACUUCCCACAGCUUAUAUGGCCAGCAAUUGGCCAAUUCGAUACAGUGCAAUAGAUAAAAGUGGAGUAAAUUUGGCAGUAGCAGGUCGUCUGGGCUUUGCACUCUACUCCCUUUCCACGCGCAAAUGGAAGCUCUUUGGGAAUGAGACACAAGAGAAAGAUUUUGUGGUCACAGGUGGACUUCUGUGGUGGAAUGAAUUCAUCAUAAUGGGUUGCUACAGUAUGGUGGGGCAGAGUGAUGAGCUGCGAAUGUAUCCGAAAGAUGCAAAACUCGAUAAUCGUUUUGCCAAAAUUAUCCCGUCCAGUGCACCAGUCGUCCUGAUAAAUCUCUACAAAGAUCAAUUGAUUGUCUUUACAAAUGAUGGUUUUGUUACGAGUUUUGCCAUAGUAAGGAAUGAUUCGCAAACAGUUGAUAUUGUAACACUUCGACUGUACGACAUAAGGGGACUAUGUGUUCAUCCUGCAUGUAUUGUUUCCGUCACAAUGACAAAUUUAAAGAAUGAAACUAUCCCACGAGUUCAGCAAGGAAGCAAUCAAUCCGAAACACUGAUCCUCAACGUCUCCGGUCGCCUUUUAAUGGUGCAGAGGGAAAAUAAUGGGAAUUCAAUAGAACAUUUGACAUCAACAUGUCUGGCAUCAUGUGUUGAAUGCAUCUGGCUAUCGGAUUCGCAUAAAACACAUCUUAAGGAGUCCCUUUGGCUCUUCUGUGGUGGACAUGGGAUGAGAGUUUGGUUGCCGGUUUUUCCGCGUGAAGGUGAUUCGGGAUAUCGAAGUCAUCGGCAUACGUUUAUGUCAAGAAGAAUUAUGCUUUCUUUUACACUUCGUGUUUAUCCUUUAGUAAUUCUCUUUGAAGAUGCAAUAAUUCUUGGUGUAGAAAAUGAUACAGUUCUCUACACAAGUGACUCUCGCUUGCAUUUUUCUCUUCCAUUUUGCGUCUUGGAGCGAACGAGUCAAGUAUAUUUGCAUCAAAUUCUGCGACAAUUGAUCCGUCGCAAUCUUGGCUACAAUGCCUGGGACAUUGCACGGAGUUGUACAAAUUUGCCAUAUUUUCCGCAUUCUCUGGAGCUACUCUUGCACGAAGUUCUCGAGGAAGAGGCCACGAGUAAGGAGCCUAUUCCAGACGCACUCCUACCGAGUGUGCUAGAAUUCAUACAGGAAUUUCCUGUAUAUUUACAGACUGUAGUGCAAUGUGCUCGUAAAACAGAAAUAGCCCUAUGGCCCUACCUCUUUGCAACAGCUGGGAAACCAAAAGAUCUCUUUCAACAAUGUUUAGCAUCGAAACAACUUGAAACGGCAACCAGCUACUUAAUUAUUCUUCAGAACUUGGAACCGUCUUCAAUUAGCCGGCAAUAUGCCACAUUAUUACUGGAUACAGCUUUGGAGCAUAGUAAAUGGGAAUUAGCUCGUGAUCUUGUGCGUUUUCUCAGAGCAAUCGAUCCAAAUGAUGUAGAAUCUCCUCGAACGUCUUUUGUAAUGGGCCAAAAAUUGGGUUUAAGCUCCCCAACAACACCCGUUAGUCCCAAUGCGGAAGAUCUCAGUCUCAUAAUGGGUUCAAUGGCUCGUGGACGUAGUUUUUCCACAACAAUGAAUCCUAAGCAACAGAGUGAAUCAAAUUUGAAUACAUCACCAAUUAGUACAAAGGAGAAAACACCUCCAUCGUCUGUGACUGUACAAAAGAGAAAGAAAAGUGUGCCACAUACGCAAAAAGAGAAGGAUUCCUCAACAGCUGAGGAUUUCUUCAUUGAUGUUAUCCUCCAGCGACACGCGAGGCGUUUGCUGCAGGAGAAAAAAUUGGAAGAAUUGGGAUUUAUGAGUGCAUCAUUGGAUUUUCAUCUUGUCGGUUGGCUAUCGCGGGAAAAGGAUCGUGCUGCACGUAUUGAGGAUUUUGUUGCGGCCCUCAAGCAAUUGCAUGAGGAUCUUGAGUGGCCAAAACCGAGUUUGGAAUUGAAGCUCAAUCCUCUCAGUGAUAUUGCCAAUCACACACAGGAGAGUCCUUGCUACUCGUUGCAAUCGUUGAAAAUUGAAACGAAUGUCGGUGGUGCCAGUGACUCAGGAUAUACAAGUUUACCGGGACAACAGACAUCCUAUGAUAUGCCUGUAUCGUGCGAUGAAGCAUCCUUUAAGCUACAUCGACAGGAUAGUACAUCUAAAAUGCUUUUAUCAACCUCCACUGUAAGCACAGUUGGAACAAUCAAACCCAAUGCAACGAAUAAUAACAACACAGAGGGUCGAAAGCCCAAAUUGCCCAGCAUUUCCGAAGCUGAGGCUAAACUUGUACCCAUGAUGGACACAUUGAGUGUAGCAUCGGAACAAGUGUCGUAUUGGGGUGAUGAGAAUUCAAAUGCUUUUCAACCAGAUACAGAGCAUCAUGUCUUUGCUGCUGCCACGCUACCCAGUGUCACGGAGCCCAAGACAAAGAAUAUCCCACAUAAAUUGGAAGUUAAAAUGCGAUAUUUACUCCAAAUAUUCACAGAAGCUGGAUGUUUGGAGUUUUCGCUUCUUCUCUCAAUUCUCCUUCUCGAUGCAGCUUCAAUUUGUCGUAUAACCAAUGCAGCUGUACGCACGGGAUCGCUUCAAUUGUGUCGACAACUCCGAAAUGGGCUCAAAGAUAUUACAAGAUGGAGCUUCCAAGAGUGCUUGGGUUAUCGCUCUUUUGUUAUAACUCUUCAACCACAAAUAUAUCAACUUGAUAAAUUUGUCUUGCAAAAGGAAUCAAUUCCACCCCUUCAGUUUGCCACGUAUGAUUCUGUCCAAAGUACCCAAAUAGCCCCUAGAUUUGAUAAAAAGGAUCCAGCAAAAAAGAAUACUCAAUCGUCAAUUAAAGCCGAGCAUCAGAUGUACGAUCAGAUACUGGCAAAAAGUAACUGUAGCGUGGACAGGAGUACAGUAUCGCAGCCUGAGUCAAUUAGCAACGACCGUGAGGAAUCAACUCAAUCCAUUCCAGCCAAUUCUUCUGUGUUAUCUUUCAACGAUUUGCCAAAGGCUGAGAGUACUGGUUGUGUCGUUAUGUAAAAAAAAAAAUAACUAAUAAUUUGCAAAAUGCAAAUUUAUUAACAAAAAUUAAUAAUGAAAAAGAGCCAGGGCCAAAAAUUUAAUUCCCUCCUCUUUCUCGCAUUAAAAGGGUUUUCUCCUAACGUA